GUGAAAAAAACCCAAGGUGUUUAAGGUUUUCACCGUGAAGGAAUAAGCAUAAACAUGGCAGAAUUCACAGGUUACAAGGAGACCUCGAAUCGCCACCUACGAUUCAAAUUACAGAGUCUUAGUCGCCGCCUCGAUGAACUGGAGGAAGCAACCAAGAAUCUGCAGAAAGCAGAGGAUGAGCUGCUUGACCUCCAGGACAAAGUUAUCCAGGCAGAAGGCAGCAAUUCCAGCAUGCUGGCAGAUGUUGAGGCCCUGCGGAAAAGAGUGCUGAAGAUUGAAGGCAAGGAUGAAGAAAUUAAGAAGGCAGAAGAGCUGUGCCGGUUAAUGAAAGAAAAACUUGAGGAGGAAGAAAGCCUCACCCGAGAACUGAAGGCAGAGAUUGAGCGACUCCAGAAGAGAAUGGCAGAGCUGGAAAAGCUGGAGGAAGCCUUCAGCAGAAGCAAGAAUGACUGUACCCAGCUGUGUCUUAGCCUUAAUGAAGAAAAGAACUUGACCAAAAAGAUAUCCACGGAAUUAGAAAUACUUAGAGUGAAAGUGAAAGAACUGGAAGCAUCUGAAGACAGGCUAGAUAAAAAUGAGCAGAGCUUAACGGGUGAGUUAGAAAAACUGAAAUCCUUAGCACUGAGCUUUAUCAGUGAAAGAAAACAUUUUAAUGAAAGGGAAAAGCAAAAUGAAAAGAUAAUCCAGGAGCUAACCCAGAAACUAGAGCAAAACAAUAAACUAAAUAGGGUAGACCAAACUAGAAAUGCAUCCAACUUGCUAGAAAGGUCAUCAAAUAAUCUCAUGGACAGAAACGAUUUGAGAAUUGAAGAUGACUUGUCGCCAGCAUUGUCCUCUAAAGAAACCAGGAGGAAGGGAAGUGUGGAUUACCUAAAACAUGUAGAAAAUGAUACGAGGAAUAAAUCAGAAAACCAAAAGAAUAAAAAUCAGGAAGACAACAAAGUGAAAGAUCUGACCCAGGAAAUCGAGAAACUUAAAACACAGAUCAAACAUUUUGAAUCUUUAGAAGAAGAACUUAAAAAAAUGAGAGCCAAAACCAAUGACCUGCAAGACAGUUACUUGAGUGAACAGAAUAAAAACAAACUCUUGAUUGGUCAAUUAGAAGAGAUAAAAAUGCAAAUAAAGAAACAGAAAGAUUUGGAGAAUGGAGAGGUAGAAAAUGAAGAUAUGAGCUUUUCUAGCAGGGGGAAACACGACAGACCUAAAUACAGAGGUAUCACAGCUGAUCUGGCAGCGACCAAGCACAAGCCGAGGGAACUCUCACCCCAGCACCGACGGGCAAGAGUGCGGAACAGAGUUUUUUUUGACAGCUACAGCCACAGUGGGAAGCAAGUACCCAGCCCGAGCUUAAUGACCAGGAAAGCAGGAAAGGGAUCCAGUGCAUCGGCCCUUCUAGAGGCUGCUGCCACAGAUACAAAAAGACUAGAAGAGAAAUCUUUAGUUUCCACUUUUUCGUCUGCUCAGAAGGAAGGCUGUGCCACACACAAUGAGGGCAAGAGAUCCAAAGAGCAGCCGUCCGUCCUCAGUCGAUAUCCUCCGGCUGCACAUGAGCAGAAAUCUUGGAAAGCUCCUUCUAAACCUCCGAAUGACACAGGCCUAAAAUCCAAGGCUGAAAAGCCCUAUCAGAUGCUGCGGGGCAACUGCCAAAACAACUCUGAUGCACGAGAUGAAAAAUCAAGCAAAGGGGAAUUAGUGUAUUCUGUGCCUGAGAGGCUGAAAACAGGUCAGGCAGAAGCUGCUGACUCCAUGGACAUGCUCCUGUCCAAGGGUAAUCACAGCUCUUCCAAUGGAACCGCUUCAGCAUAUAGGUAUCACCUCUCUUCCCAAACAUCACCAUCAGAUCCCAUCAGCUCUAAAGCAGAAGGAACCACCCUCUUUGCUGGGUCUCACAGACAACCCUCAGAAGGGAGGGCUAAAAAAGCAAUAAACUCCCACGAGAAAGAUUUCACAGACACUUUACUUGAAAAUACAAAGCCUUCAACAUUAAUAAAGCGUUCACAUCGCUCAAGGAGUCAAGAGGACAUUCUGCAGAUUCUUACAGGUGUUGAUAAAGAAGACACAGAACAGUCUUCAACUUCAGUAACAGAUCCUAUAAAUACUGUCUUAAAAACAGAUUCCCAAGCCAUCCAAAGUAGUCAUGAAAAAAAUAAUUCAGAAGAAGAAACAGGAAGAAACAAAAAAGCAACCACCCAGUUGGACUUUGAGACAAGAAAGAAAGCCAGUUCCAAAGAGUUCUCCAAUUCCAGGGGGCUUUUUAGAGCAUCUGUUUUUGAAAAUGACAAGAAUACUGUAAAUGAUGAAGAAUCCACCAAAUCUAUAAAAACAUCGGAUGCCAGCACAGGAGGAUUUAAAUCCAGGCGGUCAUUCAGCCCAAGAGAAGCUCUGAGGUCAAAAGCCAUCAUUAAACCUGCAAUCAUUGAAAAAGACAUGAAAGCAGUAAUGGGAGGGACCGUUUCUGAGGCAGAGUCAGAAAAACAGAAAAGUGCUUCCAAAAGCAUGACAAAUAAAAUGACAAGCAGUAUCACCAUCUUCCCUUCUGAGCCAACCUCCUCAAGGACUAGUGCAGAUGUAACAAUAAAAGAAAGGCACGUUACCACCAGCAACAUCAGAGUUGCAUCAAACGAGCCCUCAUCGGGAACUAACAAAACUGCCCUGAAAUUAUCUGAGACAGACAGAAUUGGAGAUACAGCUCUGAGAAGUAGAGCAGAAACAGUGGUCUCAAGAAGCAGCAUUAUGAUAAAACCUUCCGAACUCCAGGAAAAGAACAGCGAGGCAUCCUCAGAGACAAUCAGCUGGAAGAACCAUGGCUCUUCAGACACGGUUUCAUCAGAAACAAAACAUGUCACUGUGAGAAGUUCUUGGAGGACCAGACAGGGCUUACAUUCCCUAGAUGACUCUCAAGCCAAAGUGGAGAAAAAUGCAGCUUCAAGUAUUACAAAUAUGUGCAAAUCCUCUGUAGAUCUCUCUGAAGCUGAAGGGAACCAUGCAAGAACAAACUCGCUUGAGCAGAACUCAGCACGGACGAGCGCCCCAGUGGAUUCUGCCAAUGGCUCUGAACUGGGCUCCCGAAGGACCAAAAGUAACUUAAGUGCAUCGGAGCUGCUGACGCGCCGGAGCUACAUCAGUGACCCUGCAGUGGCUUCCACUUGGCACAGAACUGCAUCAUCUGAGGAAAGCAAAGAUUUUGUGCCUAGUUCCAGAAGAAAACAAUAUGGCUCUUCUGAGUAUCUUUCCCAGGUUGACACACCAGGGAAAAGGCCAGUCUCCAAAAUGGACCUGCAGGACACGGAAUCCAGUCCCCGUGCACAGCUGGGUGUCCAAGCAGAGGAGCAGGGUGUUUCGCGUUCCUGCCGGACAACAUCUAGGAGAUGAAUUAUAUUCCCUUCUACCAAGUGAACACUCUGCGUAGUGGAGCAAGAGACAGGAUAUUACCAAGCUCACAGGUGUCACAUGGGCUCUGUGACCCCUCCAGAGGCUUCAGCUAGCCUGAAACGAGGCUUGCGAGGUACAGGAGCUUUACCAGUGAAUCUCCCUUCAUUGCUGAAGAGGCAGCUGCAGAGACUUUGCUCAGGGGACUCUCACUUUUCAUCUCUGUACCUGCAAUCCAAAAUCCCUCCGUAGGAUGAUAAGUCUCUCUCCCUGUGGAAACCCUGAGUGCGUGGUCACUCUUUCAAGCUGAACUGUGGUACUCCCCGGAAGGCGGUAACUCCUCAUUAAUCACUUCAUUUAGACAAGAUCCCAGCAGUAUUC